UAACAGCCUGGAGUUUAUUGUCGGAACCCUCGCGAACGACUGUGUUGGACGAAACUAUCACACAGGAAGUAAGUUCAUUAAGCUUGAACAGUGGACCAACACAUCGACCAAGUUUAAAUUCAGACCACUGUGCAACGGAGCUGAAUUGAUCAUAAGUCCUCGCUGGAGACACUCCUCAGCAAGGAUACCUGUGCGUUGUGGGAUGCUGGCGUGGGCAAGGUGAAUUUGAAUCACUGUCACCCAGCAACCGCUGUCACACAUCUGACUCACUGUGAAUGUAGAGACGCUGGUCGUCCCAACACGGAGCUGUGACGGAUACAUCCAGCUGGGCGUGAGCAAUAUUUCCGCAGUAAUCACACCAUCAGUCAUCCAAAUACCUACUCGGGCUAUCAUUUCCACGACGUCAUCCUCAUCCUCCAGCUACGGUUAUUAAUUAAUACCCAAGGGACACGAUUCAUUCGGACGUGCUGUAGAAGUAACUUGGACAUUGAUUCGCCAUGUUGCCUUGGGGUCGGCUUGUGUUGCAGGCUUAUACCUGUGUGUGGUUGUAUUCGCUGUGUGCCCUGGGGGUCUGGGGGCAUGGGAGGCUGGUGGACCCUCCCUCACGGUCCAGCAUGUGGAGGUUUGAAUUCAAAACACCCAGGAAUUAUGAUGACAAUCAGCUUUUCUGUGGAGGAGUAGCCGUUCAGUAUGGAAAAAAUGGCGGAAAAUGUGGCAUCUGUGGCGACCCCUGGCAGGGCCCACGUGACAACGAACCAGGCGGAAAAUUUUAUACAGGCAUCAUUGUCCGUAAAUACAAUGUUGGUCAAGUGAUAAAGGUCAAAGUCCAACUGACCGCCAGCCACAAGGGCUUCUUCGAAUUCCGACUUUGCCCCAGCAACUCACCGUUCAGGAACGUGACUCACGAAUGCCUUGAUAGGUACAUCCUUCCCACGGCUGAGACAGGGGAAACCAAAUACAGGAUAGAGUCACUGUCUGGUAACCAAAACAUUGAGGUCAAUCUGAAAUUACCGGAAGGUGUCAAAUGCAGCGCAUGCGUGUUUCAGUGGAAGUACAAUGCCGGGAACAGUUGGGGCACUGAUUCUGAUGGCAAUAGCUGUAUCGGCUGUGGUAAUCAAGAACAGUUUUAUGGUUGCGCAGACGUUGCUAUCGGAUCCGACGACGUUGUCGUCGGCGUCAUCCCACCCAAGCAUCCGUGGUACUUCGACAAGGACGACAGAUGGCACUGGGGUAUUGUUGACGGCGGAAAUGGAACCAUGUUUGCCGCUGGCAUUAGACAUGAUGUACAAACUUACCUGGUCAUGCUCACGGUCAUCGUCGCCGCUUGCUUUCAGUUCUUGUGCUGAUGAAGAAGUACCGCAGAGACAAGUGCUCACAAUACUCAAACAUUGACAACAAUUUCAUUAAAUUUGUCAGGGUCGUAUCCAGGAAACCAACCCACCCCCACCCCCACCCCCACCCCCACCCCACCCCAACAUACGCACCCUCUCCCCGAAAAAUUAGCAGAGGACCUAUUGUGCCUAACCUUUGGAUUUCAUUAUGUAUGUGCACCCCCCAACCCUUCUCCAAAGGGAAUCCGUCCCUGUUUGUUAUAUCUGUUUUCUGAAUACAAUCUCUGUGUACAUAUGUAAAUACCUUAUUUGUUUUGCUAAUUUUCCUACCAAACAUGUAUUUCAUUGAUCAAUAAUAUUUUCGUGAUUAUGAGAUGAUCUUGCAUUUCAAAGCAACACAAACGAGAACGAAUCAUUUCAUUGCCAAUCUGGUUUUGCAGUGUGUAAGAUGUUUUACUUUUUCAAUAAAAUACUAAAAUGAUAA